AUGUACAUCACCAAGUUAGAUGACGCUGCUCACGACCAGCAAAGCAUUCAUGAAUGCAUCGCUCGGUGCGAGGUUGAGCAGGUCUGCAUAGGUGCUUUUACCGAUCGAACAUGGAUUAUUAACGACUGCUACUGUAUCGUCGGCGACGCUGUUGAUUCCCUUGAAGGCUAUCUCCAUUCCCUCUGGCAUAUCUACUAUCAGUUAGGUCGAGUAGUUUCCUAUGAAACUGCCGAACAAGGUCGCCUAGUCUUUGAUAUUGUCUCCAUCCAGGGACUCGGCCCUCUGACCAGGCCAGUUUCAGGUAACUACAGCAUCGAUAUCGCUCGCACAAUGCAUGGUACUAUUUGGAAUGACCUACCCUUCUUGGCGACGGACAUGAGAGAUUUCUGGAUCAACGAUUGCGCCCCCAUGUCCAGCGGCCAUCGCCUUAACUGUGCGUCCUUCUUAACCAAAUUGAUCUCAACCCGUGUAAGCAAUCACAGCGUCUCACAGAUUGCACUUAUCUUGUUUCGCUCGAAUUUGAGGAAACGCGAUCGCUGUGCUGCCUGGACGAUCAGGACCAAGAAGACCCUUCUCGAGAGAUCCGCAGCCUUUCCAUUGCAAAUCUACUACCAGCUGCCUGGGCAUGGAUCAAGGAGGCCAGCUACGUUUUCAUUCAACUCUCCGAAACAUUUUGGAAUGAUUGCCCGAGCGCGAUUGGCCGGGGCGGUCAGAACUUCGUGGAAUCAAGCUUGGGAAUACGAUCGCCAACUGGAUUCACACCGUACCGAUGAAUGUAUUGGCUGA